AUGCGAAAGAGCAGCAUCGGCUUUCAAGAUCUUCCUAAGACGCUUCAAGAUGCUGCUAUGGUGGUGCGGUUCCUUGGUCUACGGUACGUAUGGAUCGACUGCUUGGCAAUUGGUAUGAACCGACUCCUCUUACAAGAUGACACAGCAGACUGGGAGAAAGAAUCGGCUGUCAUGGCCGACAUCUACUCCAGAUCGUACAUCAACAUCGCUGCAUCCAACGCUUCACAUUGCGGAGCAGGCUUCCUAGGACCACGAAAGAUGCCAAUGACCGAACGUAUCGAGAUCCACGAUAGCGAAGGUGAUCUAGAAGUAUAUCUCGUCGCCCAACAGACCCGCAACUACGCAAUACCAAGCGAUCCCCUCGAAACACGAGCCUGGGUCCUCCAAGAACAACUCCUACCAUCCCGCUCCCUCCAUUUCGGCAGCGCCAACAUGUUCUGGCGCUGUCCCGACGGCAUCUCGCAUGAGGAACGAAGAAAAGGCUGGACCCACCUCUACACCCUCGACGCCGUGGUAUCCAGUAUACGCCUACCCAUUGGAGUUGCCCUCGGCCAAGACGCGUGGUUCCAACUGGUCCGUGACUAUACCUCCCGCGGUAUUACGUACCCCAAAGACAAAUUCCCGGCCAUCUCAGGCGUCAUGACCGUCUUACAACGCAUGACUGGCGACAUCCCCGCAGCAGGACUCUGGCAGCGGAACUUCCUCAAGUGGCUCCUGUGGCAGUCGAAAGAGUGGUACCCUGAAGCGGAGGACUAUUCCGAGCCACGGUCGAUUGUUCUCCGAUGA